AUGUCUUAUAACGAGAAAUCGUCUAGCAAAGCCUCCCUCGACAAAGGUGCUCAACAAGAGCCCGAAAUCUUUAACGAGGAUGUUCGUCACGCGCUCGCCGCGGAACUCGACAUUGUCGACGACAAGAAGGCAGAGCUUCUCUUCCAACAAGCCAGUCAAAUCACCGACGCUGAAGCUGAAGAGAUCAUGCGAGAAAUUCUCGAAGAACAUGAACACAAUCCUUUAUUCCCCGUUCACGUAUUGAACCUGGCUCGCGAGUUUAUCGGGAACCCCCACAUCAAGGAGGACCCGGUCAACUAUGAGCGCCUUCUCAAAGAGGUCAAGAUGGAGGCCGCGCUUAUCAUCAACGACUCGCCAUAUGUCGAAGUCCGCGCGGUCGUGUCGAACACGGACGACGUCAACGAAGCAUGCAGCACGAUCCGAUCAUGGACACUCGGUAUCUUACUCGCCUGCUUUGGCGCCAUCGUCAACCAACUCUUUGAUCUUCGCCAACCUUCGAUUUACAUUGACCAGAUCGUCGCUCAGUUGCUCGCCUACCCACUCGGCAAGCUUUGGGCGGAUUAUUUCCCCUCGUUCAUUAACCCGGGCAAAUUUACGCGCAAGGAGCAUAUGUUGAUUACGGUCAUGGCCAAUGUGUCGUUCCAAGUGGGCUAUGCGGGCAAUAUCAUUCUCGUCCAGAUCAUCCCGACCUUCUUUAACCAACAAUGGGCCAAGAACUUUGGCUACCAAAUCACGCUCUCUCUGUCGUUCCAGUUGAUCGGAUACGGUCUCGCCGGUCUUUCCAGACGCUUCCUCGUCUACCCCUCUGCCGCCAUCUGGCCUCGCAAUCUCGCCACCAUCGCCCUCAAUAACUCUUUCCACGCCGAACACAACCCUGUGGCCAAUGGCUGGAAGGUCUCGCAGUUGCGCUUCUUCCUGUACGCCUUCGUCGGCAUGUUUGUCUACUUUUGGUUCCCCAACUACAUCGCCACCUUCUUGUCCUACUUCUCGUGGAUCACAUGGAUUAGUCCUAACAAUAUCAAGUUGGCGGCGAUCGCUGGUACGCAGUCGGGUAUGGGACUCAACCCCAUUCCGACCUUUGAUUGGAACGUGGUAUCGGCGACGACUCAACCUCUCAUUUCGCCAUUCUUCACGUCGCUCAACAACUUUAUGGGCAUGCUCAUCUCGUUCCCCAUCAUCGUCGCCAUCUGGUUCACCAAUACGUGGUAUACAGCCUACAUGCCUAUCAACAUCAACAAGCCUUACGACCGCUUUGGCUCGCGCUACAAAGUCACGAGUAUCGUCAAUGAAGAUGGCUUGUUUGACCAGGCGGCAUACGAGGCCUACUCUCCGCUCUACCUCUCUGCGUCGAAUGCUUUCUUGUACGGCGUGUUCUUUGCCAUCUACCCUGCCACCCUCGUCUAUGCUUACCUUUAUCACCGGCACGAGAUCAUGAGAGGGUUCAAGUCGCUACUCAAGAGGCAUGACAAGAAGGCGUUUGAGCGUGAUGUACACAACAGGUUGAUGGCGUCUUACCCCGAGGUCCCCGAGUGGUGGUACGGCUUGAUCCUCCUUGGUGCCAUUGGGCUUGGGUUGAUCUCUAUCCUCAAGUUCCCUACGCAUGCUACUGUUGGAGCGUUGUUCAUGGGUCUUCUCCUCGCCCUGAUCUUUAUCGUCCCAAUUGGUGUGAUCUACGCUGUAACAAAUAUGCAAGUCACGCUCAACGUGCUUGCCGAGUUCAUCGGAGGUCUGCUCUUCCCCGGCAACGCCCUCUCCAUGAACAUGUUCAAGUCUUACGGCUACGUGACCACCGCCCGCGCCCUCAUGUUCGCCCAGGACCUCAAACUAGGCCACUACGCCAAAGUUCCACCAAGGGUCAUGUUUGCCGCUCAAACCAUCGCCACAAUCAUCUCGACCAUCAUCGCCACUGUCCUGCUCAACUGGCAAGCCACGGGUAUCAAGGGCGUCUGCACACCCGACGCCCAAGCCAAAUUCUACUGCCCGGGCACCUCGACCUUCUUUACCGCUUCGUCUUGCCCAUCCCCUUCUACUUCCUCGCCAAGCGGUUCCCAGAGAACAAGAUUGUGCGCUCGAUCCACGUCCCCAUCCUCCUCUCUGGCCCACUCAACUAUGCCCCUUACAACCUCUCGCACUCCUGGCCUGCCGUCCCCAUCGCCUACUUCUUCCAAGUUGGCGAUUGCGGCGAUUGUUACGUUCUUUGCUUUGCAGUGGCCUGGUGUGGAGAUUACAUGGUGGGGAAAUGAUGUGGUGAAUAAUGGUGCGGACGCAUACCCUGGUAUGCCGUUGUUGGAGAAUGAUGGAGGCAGACAGCAGGAGUACAAGGAGUACACGACAAAUCCCCCUCCUUUUGUCUCUCAUCCUCUCCUCAUGAUGGACCCUGGAGACAACACUGCGAUUCGCUCUCGAGUUGUAUCCGUCGUAAUUCACCUGCUUGCUAUAAUGGUGGCUGUACCGCUUUCCCUGUCGAUAUUGCCCUCUCUUGUUAGAUACGAAUCUACCGACCUCGUCCAGAGAACAUGGACGCUCUCGCCGACGCUGGAAUUUCCGUUGUCCGAUCACCCAUAUCCUGUCCAAAAGCGUACCAUCGUUUAUGGUGCAGCCCCCGAAGCACUUGCGGCAAUACCACAAGCCGCUUCUGAUAGGAUCUGUAAUGCUGCCUCUUACAUAUGUAUUUUCCUCUAUGGCCUUACCAAGAUCUGGGUUUAUCUAUUCCUGAUAGAACGUGUCUAUCUCGUCUCAACUGCAGGAACGAGUGAACCUCGCCUUUCCACUCGGAUUUACAAAAUUGGCCUGGUCGGGAUCUUUGUCUAUCUAGGCAUUCUCCCAGUGCUCCUCGUUGGCAAAGUUUCCAAAGCUACUAUGAUUACGACAACUGCUCGCGUUGAGGCUAUAACUGUCAACAAUAUUCAUCCGAUAUUAAUCGAAGAAGCCUGUUCUGUGGGACUCGGUCCAUAUGGGACAAUACCCUUGGUGGUGUACGACAUCGUUAUCACGAGCAUUUUGACAGCUAUGUUUGUCAUACCUAUUGCAAAAUCCGGAGUAAGCGGUCAGAGAAGGGCGAGCUGGGUCUCCCGUAUGGUCACUUCCGUCCGUUCCCUCCUCAAGAAAUCAGUUGUCUAUUGGUUGUAUCCGAUUGCCGGGAAAUGGAAAAGACGAACAGACAAAGAAAAGCCUUCACUUCCGUUAUCAAAUUCCCCUCCUACUCAUCCGGGAGAGAGAUCCUCGGAGUCAUUCGUCUCUCCCAAGGAACUAUCGGAAUCAGAAUUAAUUCUGUCAGAGGAGAUCCCUACACUUCCUUCUUUCAUUGACGCCCACGUCACAUCCCCUCCUAAUACGUCCGCAACCUCAUUGGCCCUCACUAUCAACUCACCCAACCCUUCCACGUGCCUUCACAGGCUUGCCAGGCGAUCCCUGUUUGCCUCAAUCGUUGCCCUCAUUACCUCUACCGUCAAUAUUCUUGUUCUUUACCACUAUAAAAGAGGGCAAGAUGGAUCCAGAUGCAUGCUGUGGUGUGUUAUCGACGUCUUUGUCAAUGCCCUCUCUAUUUGGUUUGUCACUAGAGGUUGCGGUGAAGGAGGUGGUGAUAGUAACGGGAUAAAGUGGCCGAGGAAAGGGCCAGGUGCCACAUCAUUGGAGCCAAAGGAGUUCCUGAGCAACAAGGAUACACUUGCGCGCGACCACCGUAAUCGCUCAAGGGAGGAGGAUCUUGACCUCUUCUCACCUGAAGAACUACGACAACUCCCUCCCCGCCGCUUCAGUUUCUCGACUCGCCAUAGUGUGAUCAAGAUUCCCAGUAUUAUCCAUUCGAGAGCCUUGACUCCUAAUUCUCCACUUUGUAUGGUGUCUUCGAUGGAUCAUUCGACUUCAAAUGAGAGGGACCGUUUCUCUCUGGACUCGAUUUCCUUCAAUGCACAUCGUAUAUUGGACCACUCUCCGACAGAUCCCUUACGCACUAUGAACAAGGGAAAGGAUCGAGAAACAACGUGGAAUACAGACGAAUACAUUGGAAGAUCUCGUCACAGCAGCAUGAUGGCGAUGCAGGGACACGAAAGUCUCGGCAACGUGCUCUGUGCCCAAGAAAACUGGACGACAUCACCACAGCACCUUUCAUGA